CACCAACGCUGCCUGCGAGAGAUAACUCUCCAAUUUGAGCAGACGGUACGCGGGGUGUGUUCACGCUGCAGCAGUCGUCGGCGUAGCGAGACCCAGCGACCCUAACCAUUUGAUUUCUCGCUGUGUAUAUAUUGACCACAGGUCUUUUAGCUUAUUUUAAUCAAGUGCAAUUUGAAUUUCGUAUCAUUUCGUCCUCCCCAAGUCGUCAGUGCGUUCUCGACUGUCUUCACGCCGUGUGUUUAAGGCGGGGCCUUCGUUCUCUGUCGGCUGAUCUGCUUCAGUGAACGGCAAACCGCAGUUUUUUCAUCAUGGUAGUGGACAAAAGUUGAAGUCGACCUUAUGAUACCUUCGGUGACCACGUUAGUUGAGAGAUGGACAGCAGCAUCAACGUUAAUUAAUCAGUAUGAUGGGACUCUCUCUCUCAGGGACUAAUGCGUGAUGCGUGCUGCUAUUGUUUGUAACACUCUCAGCUGACACAGUUAUUCAUCAAGUGAAAAGAUCACAUUUCAAGAUUUUUUAUUUCACCUCCACUGCAAAUGGAGCCACCAAUUGAAGGAUAUGUCUCACCACAGGGCGUGGGACCCAUUGGUUUUGAAAUGCAGGCGAUGGAAGGAGUCAGACCAGCUCCACACCCGGCAGACAUGGACUACUCCAGAAAUGGAGGAUUGCAGGACCCUCUAGUUGAUAAUCGAACACAAACGAGUGGCUACUCAGACUCAAAACAGGGUCAGAGAAACUUAGGAUUCCAGAAUGAUAACGAAGGCCCUGUGGAAAAGAAUACAGCUGGAGUAUCCUUUCUAGGGAUGAAGUCACUUACAGAAGGUGAAAGUAGGACUUCACAAACACAGGCAACUGCUGGAGUAGAGGAACUAGAGGCAUAUGAGGAUGACAUAAAACUUUUGCCAGACAAUAGACAGGGGAAAGACAACACUGAGACUCGAGGGGAGAAAAGUCUCUUCUUCCAGGAUGGUAAGCGUCGAAUUGACUACGUAUUUGCAUACAAUCCGAAUGAUGAUGAUCCCAAGAAACAGCAGUGGAGAGAAUUGUUUGAAGAUAAUUUACGUGCAGCAGAUAUAGAGUUGGAGAAAGACGUGGUGGAGUAUGACCCAAAGAACAAGGUGGUAUAUAUCAAGGUUCAUGCACCAUGGAGUGUCCUUGCAGCUCAGGCAGAAAUUACAAACAUGAAGAUGCCACUUGCUCCAAAUGACAUGACAUCUCUAAACAGGAGCUGCUGGUCUAAAUGCCCAACGCCUUUUGAGUAUGAUAAGGAUAUUCUGCCACCGAUACCAGACUAUUUCACAGCUCCCUUUUCAAGAGACCGAGCAAAACAGUUUAUUAUUGAAGAUGAAGACAACUUUUUUUCACCAGCUGAACGGAGUCUUCUUGUGUAUCAGGUGCUGGAGCGCUGCGUUUUUGAGAAUAACACUGACUCUUCCAAAAACAAAUUUGGUAUCAAGAAGAUGGUCAGCAGUGGAGCCUAUGAUGCAGCUUACCCUCUGCAUGAGGGUGACUACACUAGUGAACACUCACUUCUGACGUAUGGCAAAGAAAAUAAUCGACACUUACUGUAUGAGACUUGGGCCAGGCCUGGAGUGUGGUAUAAGUUCCAACCAUUAGACCACAUAAGGCAAUACUUUGGAGAAAAGAUAGCAAUCUACUUCGCUUGGUUAGGAUUCUACACAGGCAUGCUAGUCCCCUCUGCUAUUGUCGGAUUGAUUGCCUUCCUGUAUGGUGUUGGCACAUUUAAUGUGGAUCCAGGAAGAUUUAGACCAUAUAUGGGCUUACACCAAGACAUAUGCGAUGUCUCAAAAGCUGGCAACUAUGUAAUGUGUCCAGUGUGUGAUGAGCGCUGUUCCUACUGGUUCCUCCAGAGGAGUUGUCUUUAUUCCCAAGUCACCUACCUCUUUGACAAUGAGGCCACAGUUGCCUUUGCAGCCUUUAUGGCUCUCUGGGCUACUGCUUUUCAUGAAAUGUGGAAACGGAAAACAGCAGAGCUGGAGUAUGACUGGGAUGUUGCUGACUUUGAGGAAGAGGAAACUGUUCGUCCAGAAUUCGAGGCAUCUGUUAGAAAAAAGAGAAAAAAUCCAAUCAAUCAGGAUCAGUCAAGGCAGCCACAGACUAUGAGAAUAUAUUCACUUGCCAGGUGGAAGAGUGAAGAGCCAUAUCUGGGGUUUUUCAGUCGUGUUCUACGCUAUGUGUCCUCUCUGUGGGUCGUGAUUUUUAUGCUUGCUGUUGUCCUGGCAGCGGUGUUUGGAGUUAUUGUUUACCGUAUGACAGUGUCAGCAGUGUUGUAUGCAACAGACCAGGCACAGGUCAGCAAAUACUCAUCAACUGUCACCUCUGUCACUGCAGCCUGCAUCAACCUUGUUGUUAUCAUCGUUCUUAGCAAGGUCUAUUUGGUGAUUGCUACGGUGCUGACUAAUUUUGAGACUCAUCGCACACAGACAGAAUGGGAAGACAGCUUUACUUUGAAGAUGUUUUUCUUCCAGUUUGUUAACCACAAUGCCUCGCUUGUCUACAUUGCUUUCUUUAAAGGAAAGUUUCUGGGUCGACCUGGAAAAUAUAACCGUGAAAUAGAUGGAAAAAGACAUGAGGAGUGCGACCCAGCAGGUUGCCUGAUAGAAUUGUUGAUUCAGCUGGCCAUUGUUAUGGUUGGGAAGCAGAUGUUCAACAAUUUCAAAGAAAUCAUCACUCCGAAGUUGUUGAACUGGUUCAAAUCUCGACGUGUAAAGGAAGAAGAAGAGAAGCAGAACAAGAAAGUGGCUCAGUGGGAAAAAGAUUACAACAUGGCCUCCAUGCCUGACCUUGGUCUUUUUGAUGAGUACUUAGAAAUGGUAAUCCAGUUUGGGUUUGUUACCAUAUUUGUAGCAGCAUUUCCACUGGCUCCUCUUUUUGCACUUUUAAACAACAUAAUAGAGAUCCGAUUGGAUGCCUACAAAUUUGUGACCCAGUGGCGCCGACCUCUAGCAGCUAGAGCGCAGGAUAUUGGGAUAUGGUUUGGGAUUUUGCGAGGCAUAUCCACAUUAGCAGUGGUUUCAAAUGCUUGCAUAAUUGCCUUCACCUCAGAAUUCAUACCCAAACUUGUCUACCAGUAUGGCUACGGUGACACUGGCAAUGUCACCAACUACAUUGACUUCAGCCUGUCUACUUUUGCUGUCAAGGAUUUUGAAAAAAAAAGCUUUCCUCAAAGUUCCAAGGCAGAUAAAUUUGGCAUUGUGACAGAAUGCAGGUAUCGGGACUUCCGUUACCCACCUGGCACACCAGAUGAGUACUCCCUCACUAUGGUGUACUGGCAUGUACUUACUGCCCGCCUUGCUUUUGUUAUCGUCUUCAUUAUGGUGGUAGUAUUCCUACAGUGGUUAAUCUCAUUCCUGGUACCAGAUGUCCCACGACAUGUCAAGUUGCAAAUUUUGCGGGAAAAGCAUAUUGCCAAAGAGUCCAUCUUGACAGCAGAGAUGCGACGCCGAGAAGGUGGAGAUACUGGUGUUACCACAAAACUCAUUGGAGGUGAGGCACCUGAAGCCCAGCAAGGAGGUUCAUCUGUGUCUAGUCACCAUCCUCUGUAUUAAGAGAAGUGAACCAACCUCGAUCAACUCCUGUUCUUGUGGAAACUUGUCAUUACUAAGGCUUACACAAUGGACAAAAAUAUUUUAGCAUAAUGGAUUGUUAGACUUUGGUUAUAUCAAUGACAAGAAGAGAGAAUAGUGAUUUACAUUUGAUUUUUGUGAAAAUGACUUUACAAUACGAAAAGCUAGUGCAAUGAUACAUGUUUCCACAACAUGUCUCUUUAAUUGUUGUUUUAGCUUGUCUUUUGGUCCUUUUUUAAACUAAAGUUUUCACGAUAUCUUACAUGACAAGUGCUUUAUCUUACAAUUUUUAAAUGCCUUAAUGUUUUUAUUAAGUUACACACAGAAUAUUAUAAAUUAAUUUAUCAACUUUUAAUAUUUGCUUCAAGCUGUAUUGUUUUGUGGUAUAUUUCUUAUUGCCUUUAAGCCAAGAAAAAGGAGAAAUUGCAAGACAAAUAUUUCUCCUAGUUUCUUUAUGGUAAAUGUGUGUUUUUAUCUGUAAUAUAAUGCAGUACCUUUUUUCUGCAAGAAAGAAAAACAUGUUGGACUACUUUAUUUAGAUAUAUUUUUAUAUUGUUCAGAAGAGUGUUUCAUUAGUCGCCACAGCAUGAAAAGGAGAAAUAAAAGCCAGGUGGGAGAAUAAGCACUACAUGUAUAUGUUAGAGCUUACUUCUACUGGCCUUUUCAAUUACCAGCUAUUACUGUUCUACGAUGGUCUUAGAAGAUUACAGACAAAUUACAUUUUUGUGUGCCUUGUUUGUUGAACGCAAUUUUCAUGUUUGUGACAUUAUUAUAAAUGUGUUAUUUUUAAGUGCUGCUGUGACAAAGCAACUAAGGCUGUUGAUAACAUAAUGAUAGAAAGAAAGUUCAUUUUAUUUUAAGUAGCAUCAAAACAGCUUAACAGUCAGGUGAGUGGAGAGUGUUUUUUUAAAAAAAAUAGGGUUUAAUUUGCACUGGCCUUGAACUUUUGGGAUGAUUGAAGUAUUCUGUUUCAUAAGUAUUCUAUUUCAUAAGAGAAUUUCGCUGCUGUUGUUCAAAUCAAAGAAAAGAAAAAUUCUCAUGUUAUGGUUAAUGUAAUUUUUCUAUUAAUUUAGUAAAAUAGUAAAGCAGAUGUUUACUGUCAAUACCUUGUACCUUUGAUAAAAUGAAACUGCUUGGAAAUGCUCCCAAACUUAGAAAAGAGAUUAGGAGACCAGGUUUUUUUUCCCCUUGUUUGAAAGAUAAAAUGGACUAUGAACACAUUGAAAUAAUGAGAAGUAUAAACUUUCAAAGGUGUAUUUUCACGUAGGCAAAGUAAUUCAACUAUGGUAGCCUUCAUCAGUAUUUAGGUGAUGAUAAAUAAUUGACAAGACCAGAAGGGCUUACAUUGUCAAUCAAGAGCAUCAUCAAAAAAAGUAAGGCUGUUUGAAAUUUUUUUUUAAAUCCUAAAAAUGUAGGUAUUGACAUAAUUGUGCACAAAUUGAAUGCAUUAAGUACUCCAAAUUUCAUGUCCUAAAAAUGUGCAGUACUAUACUGACUUUUCUUAAACAGGUUGUUCUCAUGUGUUGUGGAUUAUUCUAACAGAGUGUGUAAAAUUUAAAAGCUAGGUUUUUUUUAAUGUCGAUAAAAUUUGAUGUUGAUUAAGUUUGUGAAAUUUUUCAAACUUUAUGUUGUGAAACCAGUUUUUCAGGGUUUCUUUUGACUGACACUUGUGAAAUUUCAUUGUUCAUUCUAAAACAAAAAUAAGAAAUCAUUACAGUUAAGUAACAGAUAUCUCAGCUUUAAAUAAAAAUUCCAUUUCAAUAAAAACAUUUUACCAUCCAUUUAUUUAAUUUAUAUAAGGCAUUAUACAUGUCUCCUAAAUUUUUUAGGGUUUGCUUAAAGUGUCUGUAUCAUACAAGUAAUCUCCAUUUUUUUUCUUAAAAGUAUUCUUAUUGUGAUAUUGUGCUUUUAUUUUGCACUAGCAGGUAUUCAUUUUUACUACUUUUGGCUCAGGCAAAAGUCAAAUUUCCAAAAUUGUAUUGCUAGCUUUGGCAGGAUAUCUGCCCCUACAAUAUUGAUACUCGAAGGAGUAUAUAUUUAAAUAUUGUUAUUUAUGUUUUCUAACAAUUUUGAUCCAGAUUUUUAUGUUUAGUGUGUGAACACAUGUAGUAAAACACUGAUUUCAAAAGCAAAUUUUGAUAGUUUUUAUUAAUGAUUUUUUUUUUGCAGAGUGUCCUUUAUUACCACUGGAAAACAAAUUAGUGUUUUGCACAUUAAAUUUAUGGGUAGCUAUGUAGCGUUAUUUGGCUGCUUAUUUUUGUAUUAUCCUACUUGCUGGUUUAUCUUGAAUCUAUAUUUUUUAAAUUCAUUGAAAUUCUAAUUAAUUAUUUUCAGGUGAUGGUCAAAUAGUCUCUUAUGUAACAAGAGAAUUGUAAUUGUUCACUAAAUGCUGAAUGUUUUUUAAAACCACAUGUGCAAUAGUCAUUUAUUUUGUGAUUAUCAUAUUUACAAAAUAGAUAUAACUAGGCUACCCAGCUUUGCCCAGCUUAUUUCUGCUAACUCUUCCACCUUUGAUGCUAUUGUCAACUUUUAAGUUUAUCACUUCAUCUUAGACAAGUUCAUUCUUGUUGUCAGUGUUGUCCCUUCCUUAACUUGACAGUUUCUCAUGUUUCCCAACCAAUAUAUGAAGUUUUAAGUAAAGCCACCAUACAACCAACUUCUUCCUUCUUCCAAUGUUCCCUCCCUCCUCUCUCUGUCAUCAACAUCACCUCGAUUUAUGAUUGUUUAUGUUUGUUCUACAUAGCAGAGCAUGUUGCAAUUUCUUCUACUUAGUAAUUUGUAAUUUAAGAUCUAUUCGGCCUCCAGUUUUGGCUUCAUUUGAUGAGAUACGAUUUAAUUUGUUCCAGAGGACAGUUAGAAGUAGGUUAUUAUGGAAACACAACAGUACUACAAUCUAUUACUUGGUCUUUGCAUUCAGGUUGAUCAAUGUCUUCCAUGUUGUUAAAUCAGUGAAUAAAGUUGGUUGGUUUUCUUGAAGUUUGGAGAUGUUCUCAGUCUCGUUUAGUUACUUUUCCAUUUCUGGCAUUGAAGCAAAGGGGGUGUUCUAAAAUGAACUGGGAAUUUUGUGAUAGGCUGCAGGUAGCCAUUUUCUCUCAGUUGUUUACUAGUCUUUCAUUAAUGUUCUUCUGGCUAUAUCUGUGGUUAAAAGUCCAGCAUAGAAUUUCCACCGAAAAAGUACAGUAAAACUGUUACUUUAAUGUGUUCUGCAAUUGUAGAUGUUACCUACAUUUAAUCCGCUUUGUAUAAACAAUAUACAAGAAAAUUAUGGACUUUUUACAUUUUACAAGCAUGUGUAUGCUUUAAAGCCUACUUAUUUUCUAUAUUAAAUGUUUGGAAUUGUGACUAUUAAUUCCUGUGCUUAAAUGCAAACAGUAUUGCAGCUGACCCGUUCAUGCCUUCAAACUGUAAAAGCCAAAACUUGUGAAAGGUUAUGUUAUUUUGAAAGUGGUGAAAGUUUUUCAGGAACAUUAAAUGGUAGCUUUUAUUAAUUUCUGUGUGCAGUUAGUAAAUUGUUGUUACUCUUUUUCAGCGAGAGUAAUGGUAGUACCCACCGAAGGCUUUGGAAACCUUGCACAGUUACACUUGCACUGAGAGGCACAAUGCAUCAUGAAAUUACUAAAUGAUGUACAAAAUUACCAACUGGCUCAUUAAUUGUGAACUUUGUUCUUUUGUCAUUAUCAUUUUGUUAAUAUAUGAGCAUAAUAUUCCUCUGAUCGUGUUAUCUGCUCUUCAGAAUCAGCAAUGAUUUUGUUUUAUUUGCUAUGUCCUUUACUACCCUUUCUCUAUGAUCUUUAUAGGAUGCAUGGAUCAACAAUACAUGUUUCUACUUAUAAAUAUUUCCUGAUUUUUGCUUUGCUAAUGCUUAAAGUGGACAUCUAAGCUAUAUAAAAAAAGAUCUUGUAUAAAAAAAAUCUUUUGAUUAAAUCAUUCACUUUUCUAAUGUAAAUUUGCAUGAUAUUUAAAUGGAUAUAUUUUAUUAGUUUUAAAUAUGUUCUCUAUUAAACAAUUAUUUUAUAAAUGUAGUGUAUUGCAAAAA